AUGACCAUCAUCUGUGGUGAUAUGGAGUAUCAAGUCCACAAAGCUAUCGUCUGUCCGCGCUCGAAAUACUUUGAUGCCAUGUUCUCACAUGGCAUGCAGGAGAAAGAUACUUCUCGAGUCGAUUUGUCUGAUCACAAUCCUUUCGCAGUCAACGCAUUAAUCAAGUUUCUUUAUGAGCUCGAUUACGAAGCGAGCCACACUACGGCGACACAAUUAAAGGACACUGAGUUACAUUCAGCGUUGGAGCUAGAGAGCGAACCUUAUGUGGCACCAAUGAGCACACGGCACAAAAAGAAACAUUUCAGGAAGGAGAAAUGGGCCGCAAAGUAUCCGAGCGAGGCGCCACUUAGUGCUCCUUUGACUGGGGAGAGUCUUAGUGCGGCACCGGCUCCUCAAGGGGAAACCAACCUUCUUGAUCACUGCAAUGUCUAUGCUUUGGCAGAAUACUGCCAGAUAAUAGAGCUGAAAGUUCUGGCCGCAUCAAAAUUCCGCUCUGAAGCUGAGAAACACUGGAUGCACCCCGACUUCUUUGAGGCAAUCCAGGCUGUUUACCGCACCUCGGCACGGAAUGACCGCCUCCUACGCGACAUCGUCGUGGACAUCUUGCAUGGGCAUAAGGAGCUCUUAGAUCGAUAUGAGUAUCAAGAAAUCAUCAGCCAGCUUGAUGUCUCUUUCGAGCUGCUCAUGAAGCUUCACCAGCGCGAAGAAUGGGUCCAAAAUCCUGCCACGGACGAGGUCAUUGGGACAUGUCUAGAAUCCACCGUCAACGACUUGCACGAUGCAAUCAACGCCGCUUCCGCCGCCUUCCCGCUCUGGAGGGCUCAAUCUGGGCGUACCCGAGGGCGCAAUCUGCGCCGUCUCGGCGACCUCAUCACCGAAAACAAGGUUGACAUCGGCAGGAUCAUCACUGCCGAGAAUGGGAAGGCCAGGGCCGAUGCCGAGGGUGAAGCCCUUUUCUCCGCCAGCUUCUUUGAGUGGUUCUCCGAAGAAGCGCCCAGAAGUCAUGGCGAUAUCGUCCCGCACAUGAAUCCCCAGGGAAGAAUUCAAAUAUUGAAACAGCCCAUCGGAGUCUGCGGUCUUAUCACGCCUUGGAACUUCCCCAUGGCGAUGGGUGCACGCAAGAUAGCGGCGGCUCUUGCCGCUGGUUGUACCGUGGUGCUCAAAUCUGAUGGGCUUACACCAUUCUCUUCCAAUGUCCUGGGUGUCUUGGGGGAGAUGGCGGGCAUUCCUAAGGGAGUCCUCAAUAUUGUCACCGCACUUGACAACACCCCGAAGCUUGGCCUCGCCCUGUGUGAAAGCACCAGCGUCCAAAAGAUUUCCUUCACGGGCUCAACCAGAGUCGGCAAGCUCCUCAUGAAGCAGUCCAGCAGUGCGCUGAAGAAGUUGAGUCUCGAGCUGGGAGGGAACGCCCCCUUCAUCGUUUUCGACGAUGCAGACCUAGAAAUAGCUGUGUCUAGCGCUAUCAUCAGCAAAUAUAAAGUCUCGGGUCAGACCUGCGUAUGCGCCAACAGAUUCUACGUCCAUGACGGUAUCUACCAACGUUUUAGCCAGCGUCUUGUCGAGGAGGUCAAGAAGUUCAAGGUCGGGAACGGCAGUAUUGAAGCUGUGACUCACGGGCCACUUACGACAAGCGUAGCCAAGGUGGAAGAACAUGUAAAGGACGCUCUGAGAAAGAACGCGAAGCUUCUUCUCGGAGGGCAUCGCCUACCCGAGCUUGGGUCUAGGUUCUUCGAGCCGACCAUUCUUGGCGAUGUCGAUGACACAAUGGCCGUCAUGCACAAUGAGACAUUUGGUCCAUUGGCGGCAUUGGCCAGGUUCAACAACGAGGAAGAGGUUAUCGGGAGGGCGAACUCAACGGAGGUUGGGCUUGCUUCGUAUCUCAUGACCGCCGAUCUAAGUCGAUCUAUACGUGUAUCAGAGAGGCUGGAAUGCGGAAUGGUGGCUUUGAACACGGGUGUUAUUUCGGACCCCGCAGCACCGUGA